AUGCACCAUGGCACAUUGGCUUUGUUGGCAGCAGGCGAGCAUCAAUCGGAUGGAUCUAUGCUCCCCAAGGUGGUAAGACGAGGUGUAGCGCAGUCUGGUCAGACGUCUCACAUAUUAGUUGGUCAGUCUUGGGCGGCCCCUGCUGUACCUAGGUGGGCUCGGCUUUGCAACAUCAACUACUAUCAUCCAGCCAUUGAUGAUCUGUAA